UCCCGGUGCUCCUGCUAAGGGCGCACAAACAGCCACCGGUAGCUUCAGGAGCAACGUUUUAGGAAACAGAGCCUCCAUUGCUAUAGUGUGGAGUGGCGCAAGAAAGAGAACUUCAUCACGCUGUCCGGAACGGUCUUCCUUUCGAGUCGUCAAGUGCACAACCCAAUUGGCUUUUUAGCUAGUUCGAAGGGAAGGUUUGUGCGAAUAAUACAACGAACACGGACCCUCCUGUUUGGCAAGCGUUUUUCCCCCUCAUCCACAACGCGCCAUCAUCACUUAGCUUCACACUCGUCGUCGCGCCAUUGUCAGUCGGUCUUAGCUCUCCACUGCAUCCAGCAAAACGUUGCCUCGUGAGUGCGCGUCCGUCUCACCGUUGUGUCUUUUAACGCCACCUGACUUUUGAAGAGUCAUUCACCUAUAUUAUAUACUCAUACAAGAGUUGCACUGAACUGUCACAGACACAGCCUUCCAACCUUGAACUUUCGGAUUUCGUGACUCUGCCUUCGCUUGCUCGUUAAGUAUAACCUAUAAACUAAAGUACCUACUCAUCAACCGAAACAAAACGCAAAUUUAAAAUCUUCAGAAAAGGAAUAUUAUCCGCGUUAGCAUAAUGCAUUCAUCGAUGCCUGUCCGCCGGAAAUACAGCAGUGAAGCUCAGCCAACAAUUCCCGAUGAAUAUGACUUCCUUUACCCGAAAUUCACCCUCGAAAACCCAUCUAAACAGUCUAAGGUGGAGAACGUCCUUCGACCGUUGGUGCUGGGCCGCUACAGCGUUUUCAAAAUCAAGGAGGUUUUUAUCAAUGAGCUUGAAUUGGGUCUACAGGAAAAUCCCAAAAGACAAAGCAGUCUUCAGAUGGAGAACACCUUCCUGCCGGGACUUCCAAACGGGAGUGAGAAUGGUGAAUUUCUAGCGCUAGACCUAGGCGGUACCAAUUUUCGCGUAAUUCACGUCGUUAUAAACCCAAGCAUCAGUUCGCCCGAGUACCAUAUCAAGUACCACUCUGUACCAGAGAGUACACGUCUGGGACCAGGUGAACAUCUGUUUGACUUUUUAGCGUCCUGUAUCGAUGAUUUUUUGGUCGAAAAGGAGCUUCGCGAAAAAAGGCUCAAUCUCGGGUUCUGUUUUUCGUUCCCAAUGACCCAAAAAGCGCUGAACAAAGGCAUUCUUGUUUCAUGGACGAAAAGCUUUAACUGCACCGGCGUAGUUGGAAAUGACGCCGUUCAGAUGCUCAAGGAAGCCCUGAACCGUAAAGGGGUAACAUCGGUAAAUGUUGUGGCCGUGGUAAAUGAUACAACCGGGACUUUGGUAAAAGGCGCGUAUAUCGAUCAUAACUGCUACAUCGGCAUGAUUCUUGGGACAGGCUCAAACGCAUGCUACAUGGAGAAGGUAGCAAAUAUGCCGAAAUUCAAAGACCCAGCGGGCCAAAUCACUGAGGUCGUCGUAGACGUGGAAUGGGGAGCGUUUGGAGAUAACGGCGUACUCAACUUCAUGAAGACCGAGUUCGACAACGCUGUGGACACUAACUCGCUACUCGUUGGCUCCUUUACCUUUGAGAAGAUGUUUGCGGGUAAGUUUUUGGGAGAGCUGGUGCGAAACGUGUUGGUAAAAUUAAUUCGGGAAGGACUUCUGUUUGACGGACGAGCCUCAGAGACGCUGCUUACACAACAGACAUUUACCACUGCCGACGUCUCCGCAUUCGAAACCGAGGACAACAUCCAGCAGGAAGCACAGGUCUUGGAAAGACUCGGCUAUUCGCACCCAACCGAAGAUGAUCUGAAGAUUAUUCGUUAUGCCUGUGGAGUAGCCUCGACUCGAGGAGCUUUGCUUGUUUCCAUCUGUACUGCAACUCUGCUUGAGCGUAUGAACCGUACUAGUUGCACCGUAGCGAUUGACGGCUCACUCUUCAAAUACCAUCCUGAAUUUCACAAAAUGAUGGAGGAGUUUCUUCGUUUUAUGGCACCAGAUCGCAAGUUUAAGUUGAUGCUAGCAGAGGACGGUAGCGGAAAAGGCGCUGGGUUAGUGGCAGCCGUAGCCACCCGACUUAUCGAGGAGGGAGUCAUCCGUCAGUAGAUUGAAAAAAUUUUCGGCCUAUAAUACGUGUGAGAAAUACAAAGAUGAACCAUUCGUACUCAGGGUUAUCUUCCCCAACCAUGUGUGUGCACAAAGCGAAUAAAUGCAAUUAAAAAUAGUGCCUUUAGUGUUGUGAAAGAUUUUACCAAUAAGUCUUACAUUAGCUUGUGUUAAUAAGUUGUUUAUUUUGUAUCAAAAAAAAAUACACACUUAUAUGUACAGAACUAUGGACAAAGGUUGGCCUGCACUUAUGGCCGACAAACUAAAGCAGUGCUCAAAAUAUGUCAGUUCAUUAAUUAUUCUACGUAGAAGCCUCUCGCAAGUAUUAAACGAUCCUCUACGCUUAUAUUUUAUUGCAUUUAUCCCAAUAGAAUGCUUACGCAUGAUUGGCUGAGUCGUGUGCCAUUGUCAUGCACAGGAAUCAGACUCCAAGCACAGCUGUCAUAGAUUCAUCGGGAAUUAUAGUAGAGAUGAGCAUUUGGUAAAAUAAAGAUAUACUGUAUCAUAUAUUUUAUUUGACGUUUUA